ACCGGCGGCGAAAAAGUGAGCCCCGCGCACAACACGGCCAGCCGGACUGCGGGGACCCCAGGAGCGCAGGGCGGAGGAGCAGCGCGACAGGAGGCGAAAGCGCUGGAGGCGCGGCCGGGAAGGAGCAAGGGAGGGGGCAGGAGGAGAGGGAGGCCAAAAGCCAGAGCAGCCCGGCAGCCCGAGCUUCGGGGGGAGAGCUGCCAGAGCCCCGAGCAAGCUGCCUCGGGAGCCCUAAUCCUCUCCCGCGGGCUCGCCGAGCGGUCAGUGGCGCACGGCAGCAGCGAGGCUGAAAUAUGAUAAUCAGAACAGCUGCGCCGCGCGCCGGGCAGCCAAUGGGCGCGGCGCUCGCCUGACGUCCCCGCGCGCUGCGUCAGACCAAUGGCGAUGGAGCUGAGUUGGAGCAGAGAAGUUUGAGUAAGAGAUAAGGAAGAGAGGUGCCCGAGCCGCGCCGAGUCCGCCGCCGCCGCAGCGCCUCCGCUCCGCCAACUCCGCCGGCUUAAAUUGGACUCCCUGAUCCGCGAGGGCGCGGCGCAGCCGGGCAGCGGCUCCCUCAGCCUUGGCAACCCCAGGGGCUACUGUUUCCCACUUAGCCACAGCUCCAGCAUCCUCUCUGUGGGCUGUUUACCAACUGUACAACCACCAUUUCACUGUGGACAUUACUCCCUCUUACAGAUAUGGGAGACAUGGGAGAUCCACCAAAAAAAAAACGUCUGAUUUCCCUGUGUGUUGGUUGCGGCAAUCAAAUUCACGAUCAGUAUAUUCUGAGGGUUUCUCCGGAUUUGGAAUGGCAUGCGGCAUGUUUGAAAUGUGCGGAGUGUAAUCAGUAUUUGGACGAGAGCUGUACGUGCUUUGUUAGAGAUGGGAAAACCUACUGUAAAAGAGAUUAUAUCAGGUUGUACGGAAUCAAAUGCGCCAAAUGCAGCAUCGGCUUCAGCAAGAACGACUUCGUGAUGCGCGCCCGCUCCAAGGUGUACCACAUCGAGUGUUUCCGCUGCGUGGCCUGCAGCCGCCAGCUCAUCCCCGGGGACGAGUUCGCGCUGCGGGAGGACGGGCUCUUCUGCCGCGCAGACCACGACGUGGUGGAGAGGGCCAGCCUGGGCGCCGGGGACCCGCUCAGCCCACUGCACCCCGCGCGGCCGCUGCAAAUGGCAGGUACUCCUCGGCGCAGAGGGAGGCCCUCUCGGGGAGGCAGGCGCCAGGAGAGGCCAGCGCCGCCCCUGCCAGCGCCCCGGCGGCCGCGGCAAUCCUGGGAGCCACAGGGCGGUCGCUGCGGCCGGCAGUUCAGCGCACCCACUUCCUCCCUUGACUCCCCCAGCACACCUUACACGCCUGUGCGUCUGUCUAUAUACAUGGGUGCCCAUGAAUGUACACCACUUGUGCACACAUGUGUGCACACGCCCAAACAGUACUUCCAGUUCACCUUGGCCUCCAAACCGCGGAUUACUGAAAACGGGCUUCAGCUCCCCGCCAGGCGGGCAAAGUCAGAGGUGGCAACUUCUGUUACGUACAACCUGUGCUCUGCUUGUGGGGAAACACAGAAGAGGCCAAAGUACUGGAAUGGAGUCAGCAGCCAGGACUCCGCAGCUGACGUUUAUCUAAAGGCCAGGCAGCUCCACAGAGUUUCGGUUUUCCUUUGCUUGGGAUCAGCUCUUCUCAGGAACAUCCAGGUAGAUUUAGUAGAUCCAGGUAGACUGAGAAAGAUCGAGGACUGGAGAGAUGACCGAAAUACCGAAUUUCUUUACCCCCUUGACGGGGACUAUUCACAGAAUAUCCAGGGGAUGACAGGAACUCCCAUGGUGGCUACCAGUCCAGAGAGACACGACGGUGGCUUACAGGCAAACCCAGUGGAGGUGCAAAGUUACCAGCCGCCUUGGAAAGUACUAAGUGACUUCGCCUUGCAGAGUGACAUAGAUCAGCCGGCUUUUCAGCAACUGGUCAAUUUUUCAGAAGGAGGACCGGGCUCUAAUUCCACUGGCAGUGAAGUGGCGUCGAUGUCCUCUCAGCUCCCAGACACACCUAACAGCAUGGUAGCCAGUCCUAUUGAGGCAUGAGGAACAUUCAUUCAGAUGUAUUUUUUUUCCCUGUUGGAGAAAGUGGGAAAUUAUAAUGUUGAACUCUGAAACAAAAGUAUUUAACGACCCAGUCAAUGAAAACUGAAUCGAGAAAUGAAUGCUCCAUGAAAUGCACGAAGUCUGUUUUAAUGACAAGGUGAUAUGGUAGCAACACUGUGAAGACAAUCAUGGGAUUUUACUAGAAUUAAAACAACAGACAAAACCCAAACCCAACAUAUGCUAUCCAAUGACCUUAGGAGUACUGAAAAAAAAAGACGUUUUUAAAACGUAGAGGAUUUAUAUUCAAGGAUCUCAAAAAAAAAAGCGUUUUCAUUUCACUGCACAUCUAGAGAAAAGCAGAAAUAGAGAUUUUCUAGUCCAUCCUAUUCUGAAUGGUGCUGUUUCUAUAUUGGUCAUUGCCUUGCCAAACAGGAGCUCCAGCAAAUGAGCAGGAAGAGAAACUGGCCUCCUAGGCUGAAAGAGUCCUUUCAGGAAGGUGGAGCUGCGUUGGUUUGCGAUGUUUUUAGUUGACUUUAACAAAGGGUUAAUUGAAAUCCUGGGUCUCUAGCAUGUCCUGUAGCCGGUUUCUUUUUUCCUUUUGCCCUCCCCCCACCUUUUUUUUUUUUUUUGAGAUCCAUCCUCUAUCAAGAAGUCUGAAGCGACUUUAAAGGUUUUUGAAUUCAGAUUUAAAAACCAACUUAUAAAGCAUUGCAACAAGGUUACCUCUAUUUUGCCACAAGCGUCUCGGGAUUGUGUUUGACUUGUGUCUGUCCAAGAACUUUUCCCCCAAAGAUGUGUAUAGUUAUUGGUUAAAAUGACUGUUUUCUCUCUCUCUGGAAAUAAAGAGGAAAAAAAG